AUGGACGAUCUUGCAAGGGCCGAAUACCCUGCCAUGCUGGCACACCUUCAGCCCAUGCAGGCCGUGAACGUCCUAAACGACCGUGUGAAGAGAAUGAACAAGAUCAACACCGAGAUCGCAGACUGGCUGCAGGAACGCCGCCGUGUCGAGGACCAAUAUGUCCAGAGCCUGAAGAGGCUUCUCACCUUCAAAGUCCCCAACAGCCAAUCUGAGCUUGGCGUCUUCACAGGCCCCUGGGACAAGAUACUCCAAUCUGUCGAUGCGACUGCCCACUCCCACCACGUUUUCUCGAGCCAACUUGAGAAAGAUGUCGAGACCCCUCUUCGCAACUUCCAGGCUCGUAAGGAGAUGCAGAACAUGCAGACCAUCUCGGCCAACCUGACCGCCAUGGCCCGAGACCUUGAGGAUGCUCAGAAGAAGGCCGAUGCUCUGACCCGCAAAGGCCCCAAGACGAACACCCAGAAGAUGGCGGAUGCCACGGCAAGACUCGAGUCCGCCACACAGCAGUGGGAUUCCCAGGCUCCCUUCAUCUUCGAGACCCUGCAGGCCAUCGACGAGCAGCGCGUCAACCAGCUGCGCGAUCUGCUUACGCAGUACGAAACCCACGAGAGCGACCAGGCACAACGAAACCAGUCCCGCGCUGCCGACACCUUGGCCUCCAUGUUGGAGAUCAGCACCGAGCAGGAGAUCGCGAGCUUCAAGGAGAGGGUGCUUUCGGGAAAGCCACGCCUGGAGAAGAGGGCCACGGCAUCCAGGCAAUCCUCCAAUGUACCGACAAGUCAGACGCUGGCUCCGCCUCCGCCUCCACCUAGCAGCCUGGGUCAACGCGACGACGACGCUAGCGACCACUCUGGUCUUGCCGAUGGAAAGAGCGAAUCAAAGUUGCGGAGCCGGAUCGGUACCAUGCUUGGCCGCCGCCGGCAGAGCGUUCACGGCGGGUUCGGCCAGAUUUCCCCUGGAAAGGGUGGCGCUCCAUCCUUCGGCCGCGGUCUUAGCAGCAGUCAUAGCAGCACUCAUGUUCGCCCCGGCCUGUCUCCGAGGGCUUCGUCCAAUAACCUGGCCGAGGCCCACAACCGAUUGUCUGCUCUCGCAGAGACGCCCGACUCUCCUAGACCGCCCCAGUCCUCUGGCACCGACAGGCCUCUUCACGAAGGUACGAACGGGUUUGGGGAAAGCCUCUCAGAUGCGAAUCGCCUGGGCGCAUCCGCUGGCCCUGUCAAUGGGACCCACGGCGCCGACGCGUUGGAUGUUGCCCCUCCCCCCGGCCCGCCCCCGUCGCAGGGUAAAGACGCCGAGAGUAAGGACGCCGAGGGCUUCACGAUCCGGCCUCCUGACAACGACCCCAUCUCUCAGGCCCAGCGCGAGGCCGCCGAGGAGAACGAACAAAUGUUCAAGCUCAACAUCGCCAGCUCGCCUAUCGCCGAGGAAGACGCCGACGCGAAGCAGGCUGCCAUGUCGAAUGUCGCCAACACCCUGACGCAGAUGGCCGCCCCGUCACGCAAGCUGGGAACCGUGCGAGGGCGGAGGGACGUCAGGAACACCAUCUACGUGCCGCCCCCCAACAUGCCCGAGCCUGAGCUCACCACGGAGAACCCGUUCCCAACUUCGCCAUCACUUCCUAGCCAGUCGUCCAAGCCCACCACGGUGGCUGCCCUUACUUCCGAAGCAAGCAUUGCCGCGACAUCAGAUACGCAGUCCAUCCGCUCCGCCAACUCACUCGUGAGCCUGGCCCACUUGAAGCAUCCUGAGAUGCACGAGCCUGGUCUCAAUGCAUCCGUCAUCGAGACAGUGUCGGCGACCUUUGAGGACGGAACAGUCACAAGUGCCAAGGUCCAUGGUGAGAUUGCCUUUGCCUACCAAGCAGCAGGCGAUUCCAGACCUGACCGUGAGACCAUCAGAAUCAACAAUUUCUCCAAUCUAGAAGUCAUUGGACCGAACCGCAUCUUCGUCCAGAACUCGGGCAAAUCCGACGAGUUCAACCUGGACCUAUCGCAUCUGAACAAGACGGCGACAGCCUUCACUUACAGAGUGCACACUGGCGACGCUCAAGGCGCUGGCCUGGCGGCACAAGUUCCGCUCCUGCUCCGCCCGGCUUGGAAGCCUCAGGGCGACAAGCUCGGGCUCUUGCUGCAGUACUCCCUCAACCCCUCAAGCAACCUGACGGCACCCGUGACGCUGCACAACGUUGUCUUCGUCGCCACAUACGAGGGCGCGAAGGCUUCGGGUGCGCAGACGAAGCCAACAGGAACGCACCUCAAGGACAAGCACUUGGUGUACUGGCGCCUCGGCGACUUGACCCUCACUGCCGAGACGCAGAAGAUCGUCUGUCGCAUCAUCGGCGCUGAGAACGCCGAGCCCAAGCCGGGACACAUCGAGGCUCGAUGGGAGAUGACGCCCGAGAACCUCGGUAGCGGCAUUUCCAUCUCGAGGCUGGAGGAGACCAAGGGCAAGGGCAAGGAGGAGGAUGCCGACCCCUUUGCGGACGACAACCCUACUUCGCCGGCACCACCGGCUGACCAGGAGUGGACGGACGUGAAGGUGGUGAAGAAAGUUACCAGUGGCAAGUACGAAGCCAAGUAA